AUGCCAUUCAGCGGGACGGAGCAGUUCGUCGUAGAUGUUGUGUUUCUGGCGGGCGGAACGAUGCAGCUGACAGCCUCCGAUGCGGACGAAGUGAAGGAUCUCACUUCUCGCCUGGGCUUGGGCUGCUCCGCCAGACUCCUGUUUUGUGGGUCUGAGCUCCCACAUGGACGGAGCCUGAAAUCUCUGGGAGUUGGCCCCACUCGAGAAGGUUCUCCCUGCAUCUACUGCCUUGAAGCGGAUGGAAGGUCUGAGACUGGCAAGAGCCACAUGCUCACAAUCGUGAACCUCUCUGGUGGACAUAUCCACCUCCCGGCACGGGAGCGGGACACCAUUUCUGGCCUGAAGCAGGCGCUUGCCGAGCAUUUCUCGGGCGCGCUGCGGCUGCUCUUUCGUGGGGAAGAGCUGCAGGAUGCCCUUACUCUGGGCCACUACGGGAUCUCAACCGGCAAAACCAUCUACCUUCUGGAAGCGACGGGCCCGGCCGUGGCCGACGAGCCCGAGGAGGAAACCCUGGGACCCCAGGUGGAGCGACGAAUUGAUGGCCUGUGGUAUCCUGCUCAGGUGCUAAAAGCUUACAGCGCCGAGGAUGGAGGCCAAAUUCUGGACAUCCGAUAUUUGGAUGAUGGCAACGUGGAGCGUGGAGUGGAAAUGUCUGAGUGCAGGAUUUCCCAGGCCAAUUGA